AGGAAGAAAGGAAAGCAUCCAUGGAGAGGGAAGAGCAGGGAAGAAGAGAGCAAGAGAGAAUGAUGAUGAAAAGACUUUAUGAAGCUUCGUUGAGUGGAAGUCUCACAUCUCUGAUUGAACUCAUUGAGGAAGACCAUCUCAUUCUCGAUAGAGUUAUGAUAAUCACUUACUUCAAUGAGACUCCACUCCACAUAGCAGCAAUGCUAGGCCAUGUUGAGUUUGCAAGAGAGAUUUUGAGACGCAAACCAGAACUUGCAACUGAGUUAGACUCAGAAAGUUCUUCACCUCUUCACUUGGCUUCAGCAAAAGGGAACCUAGAAAUGGUGAAAGAGUUGUUGGGGAUAAACCCAGAUGUUUGUUGUCUUACUGACCAUGACGGGAGAACCCCUCUCCAUCUUGCAGUGAUCAAAGGCCGGAUAGAUGUCAUGAAAGAGUUGAUUCAGGCUCGACCUAAGGUCAUUCAUGUGAGGGUGUUUGAUAGAGGAGAAAGCAUUCUACACUUGUGUGUUAAAUACAACCGUUUGGAGUCACUUAAACUAAUAUUGGAAUCAGCAACUGACCAAGAAUUAGAGCUUCUCAAUUCUAAAGAUGACGAAGGUAACACUGCUUUGCAUCUUGCUGCAGCUAAGAAACAGACAAAGGGCAUCGAGUUGUUGUUGGCUAAAAACGGAGUAGAGGUAAAUGCCUUGAAUGAGAGUGGUCUUACAGCUUUGGAUAUCUUAGCACAAUCUCCACGAGAUAUGAAAGACAUGGAUAUUGGUGAGUCUCUAAGGGCUCUUGGAGCAUUAAGAGCCAGAGAUAUUGGUGGGGCAACCAUAACAAGACCUAACACUUUGACGAUGGCACAUACUAGUAAGGAAUCCCCUCAUGAUAAAUAUGACUGGUUAGAGAGGAAGAAGAAUUCAUUAAUGGUGGUGUCAACUGUGAUUGCCACUAUGUCUUUCCAAGCGGUAUUGAGUCCUCCACGUGGUCUUUGGCAAGAUGACAAUAAUAACCACAAAGCUGGUACAUCUAUACUCGCAGAUGAUCAAUGAGUUUACACUGGAUUCUUAGUUGUUAACACACUUUCUUUCCUUGGGUCUCUUAGUAUUACCUUUUUACUCAUAAGUGGAUUGCCAUUGAAGCGAAGGUUUUUUAUUUGGAUAUUGCUGGUAAGUAUGUGGGUCGUUGUCACAUCAUUGGUAUCGAUUUACAUUAUAUCAAUGCUUGAAGUGACACCUGAUGGUC